AUGCACCACAAUAACAAUUGUGAGCGACUCGUUCGUCGAUCUUCAGAUCUCGCGCCCGAGCUGGGGGGCAGCCCUGCCCCAGCCAACGGGGAUGUGAACCGCAUUUCCGCUGGCGAGUCGGGCAAGGAUCAACACUGCGUGAAUCAUGUGCGUAAGUCUAACGUAGUCUUGGUGCUGCGCGGCCGCCUCUUCCUCCAGGAGAACCGCCACAGCCGGCCUGCGCAGUGGUAG